AUGGACGACAUCCACUCGUCGAAGCGCGCCCGAGUGGGCAACGGCAGCGUCGGCGGCAGAGAUCACUCCAACGCGGCGGUCGCUAGCGCCUCCAAAGUAGCUCAGGAGCAGCGCAAGGACGAAGAUGAAGAAGACGGAGACGGUAAAUCCAUCCUCAGCCCUUCCGCCGCCGCCGCGGUCCGGGGGCUCCGGCCGUGGCACCAGCAUUCCGCCGCCUCCAGGAUAUACCGCGUCGCCCGCUCCUCAGGGGGAAAGGACCGCCACAGCAAGGUAAUGACGGCCAAGGGCCUUCGCGACCGGCGCGUCCGGCUUUCCGUCUCCACCGCCAUCCAGUUCUAUGAUCUCCAGGACCGUCUCGGCUACGACCAGCCCAGCAAAGCCAUCGAGUGGCUCAUCAAGGCCGCCGCUGCGGCCAUCUCCGAGCUGCCUGCCCUCGACGGCGUGUUCUCCGAUCAGCCGCUAUCUGGGCACCGGCAGCUGGAACCAGAGGACGAAGAGAAGCCCGCACGGGCGAUCGGGGACGACGACGAUGCGGACGUCUCCCAGAUCCAGUACGUCAGUCACCAGCUCCGGCGACACCAACCAGAGGAACAGCAGCAGCAUUUCUCGUUGACCAAAUCCACCUGCAGCAGCACAUCGGAAACCAGCAAAGGCUCCGUGCUCUCCCUCUCGCGGUCUGAGAUCCGCGUCAAGGCCCGAGAGAGGGCGAGGGGGCGAACCGCCACGGCCCUUGAGAAGGACAAGGACACAGAAGACGAUGCUCACAUGACCUCGGCAGGGCAUCACCAUGGCCUGAAUCCCAGUCCUACCCCCCAGAGCUCCUUCACGGAACUGCUCACCGGCAGCGGCGGCGGCGGCCACCAGAACCAGGCACAUUACCAUGGCCCCGUCACUGUGGCUCAUGCGAACCCCGCAUCGAAUUUCUUCCAGAAGCAGCUCCGCCACCAGCCGUCCGCUGCAACAACCACCGACUACUUCGGGCAGGUAGGCCUUCUCGGAACGGGCUCAAGACCACUCCAGCCGAUGGUGUUUUCUACCCAAACCAGCUUUGGAAACAGCCCUCACAUGGGCAUGACGCCUCUCAACGUCGCAGCAGCGGCAGCCGCUGCGUCGGCCACGGGCGACCACCCGGAAAUGCAGCAGCAUUUCAUGCAGGAACACUUCGUCCCCUACGCUGUCACGGCAGCAGGGGGAGACUUCAUCAACUUCUCCAUCUCCUCCGGCAUAUCUGCUCUCAAUAGGGGGACCCUUCAGUCCAAUUCGCCAUCUCCGGUGCUUCAUCAACACCUGCAGAGGUUCUCUUCUCCGGUAGAUGGAUCAAACCUGCCCAUAUUCUUGGGCGCCGCUGCCCAGUCCUCGUCGGCCUCUGGAGAGGGCCAACUGCCGUCCGGCUUCGACAGCCGCUUGCAGCUGUGUUACGACGGGUACAGAAACUCCGACCUGAAGGGCAAGGGGAAGAGCUGA